AUGAAGAAAAAUUUCCCGGUCGGGACUCGAUAUUUAAUCAAUCGAAACGGAGGCAAAAAUUUCUCCAUCGAAAAGUAUCGAUGGUCGGUGUUAGGUUUGACAUUCUUGAGUUACACGAUGUAUCACGCGACGAGGAAACCGCCUUCGAUUGUGAAAUCUGUUUUAAAUCCAGACUCGACGCAACGAGAGUUAGGGAGAGACGGGUGGGAACCGUUUAGCGGCCCGGACGGGAACUCUUUGUUAGGCUCGAUCGACGUUUCGUUCUUGGCGGCGUAUUCCAUCGGGAUGUUCUUUUCCGGGCACAUCGGCGAUUCGAUGGAUUUGAGGAAGUUUUUAACCAUUGGAAUGAUUGGGUCUGGUUUUUUCGUCUGCUUGUUCGGUAUGGCGUAUUUUUGGGACAUUCACUCGAUGUAUUAUUUCGUCCCGGUGCAGAUUAUGGCCGGGGUGUUUCAAUCAACCGGGUGGCCUUCGGUCGUGUCUGUGGUUGGGAACUGGUUUGGAAAGAGCAAAAGAGGUUUGAUCAUGGGUAUAUGGAACGCGCACACGUCGGUGGGGAACAUUCUUGGGUCGUUGAUUGCGGCGAGAUGUUUGAGAGACUCGAAUUGGGGUAUGUCGUUUAUUAUCCCCGGCAUCUUGAUGGCGGUAAGCGGCCUCUUUAUUAACUUGUUUUUAGUCGUCGAUCCCGAAGAUGCGGGACACGCGUCACCGCACGACACGUCAUCGCAUCAAGAAGGAGGGGAUAUUAGCGAAGAUAGAAUUGCGUUGACGUCAGCAGCUGGUGGAGGUGAAUCGAUGUCCUCCAUGGCGUCCUCGGACGACGAGAGAGCGUCGACGCCUGGAUUAGGCGGGUCAUCGCGCUCAGGAUUCGUGGAGAGACACCAAAGCGAGGCGGUUGGAUUUAGAGCGGCGCUCAGAAUUCCUGGCGUCGUGACGUUCUCGCUGUGUUUGUUCUUCACCAAACUCGUCGCGUAUACGUUUCUUUAUUGGCUUCCGUUCUACAUCGAAAGAACGGAAAUUGGUGGCGAGUAUUUAUCGGCAGCAAAAGCGGGCGAGUUAUCGACACUUUUUGAUAUUGGGGGUGUCGUUGGAGGUAUUUUAGCUGGAUAUUUGAGCGAUAAAUAUAACGCUCGCUCCAUGGUCUCCGCCGGGUUUGUGUACGCGUCUAUUCCAGUUUUGUAUUUGUACCGAGAGUACGGAUCUUUAUCGAUGAACGUGAAUAUUGGAUUUAUGAUGUUGGCGGGCGUUUUAGUGAAUGGACCAUACGCGCUCAUUACGACCGCAGUAUCCGCGGAUUUAGGAACGCACGAAAGUUUAAAAGGUAACGCGAAGGCGCUAGCGACGGUGACGGCGAUUAUUGAUGGUACGGGAUCGAUCGGGGCGGCAAUCGGACCGAUGUUGACUGGGUACAUUUCUAGUCGAACGAAUGAUUGGAACAACGUCUUCUAUAUGCUUUACACGGCUGAUUUAGUCGCGGGAUUAUUACUCACUCGCUUGGUCUUGAAAGAAAUUCGCACUAUGGUUGCGUUGUAA